CUUCCAAUGCUCCUUCUCUUUGUGAUAUCUACUCCGCCGCCUGAAUAUUCUUCCCUUUUGUGAACUCUCAUUUCCUUCGUCUCCUAUUGUGGGUAAUCAAUGGUCUUCCAUGGUUAGCAUGUAUCACCUAUCUUCUGUAGCUUCAAUAGGUGAGUGGUCCUGUUCAAUGUUUCAGCUGGACUGUACGAGGUGCUUAGUCAAUAGCAAGUUUGUUAAUCUUGAAGAUUCACCAUUGAAGGUCGAGGAGGAAAGGAAUUGAUGGUUAUCGAGUUGUAUCUCCGAUUGGUUAACAAACAUUGCUGCUCUUUGGAUUCAGAUCUGACCGUGUAUCCCUCAACUUUUGCUGGUGGCCCUUUUUGUUUGAUGGAAAAGCUUUGCUAGAAAAAAUGAAAGGUAAAAGAAUAUUGUUUGUGGGAGACUCAUUAGGCAACAAUCAAUGGGAAUCCCUUGCAUGUUUGCUUCAUGCUGCUCUUCCUUCUUCCAAAUAUGACUAUCAGACAGGGGAUACUCUUAUCACUCUCAAAUUUCUAGAAUAUGAAGUGUCAUUGCAGUACUUAAGGAAUGAAUUUCUGGUAGACCUUUCCAUUGAGAAAGAUGGUAGAAUUUUGAAGCUUGAUUCCAUUACUAACACCUCAAUUUGGGAAGGAGCUGAUGUUUUAAUCUUCAACAGUUAUUAUUGGUGGACUCAUACCGGAACAUUACAAGCGUGGGAUUACUUAGAAGUUGGUGGCAAACUAAUUAAAGAUAUGGAUCGUAUGAAAGCAUAUAAUAUUGGAUUGAGUACUUGGGCUAAAUGGAUUGACACUAACAUUGAUCCUAACAAGACUAGUGUUUUCUUUCAAGGAAUUCCUGCUCUUCAUUUUUCUGGUGCAAAUUGGGGUGAACCAAAGGAAGUAAACUGCAAGGGGCAAACCAAACCCAUAGGAGGGUCAACUUAUCCAGGAGAGAGAUAUCCAGGAGAACCUGUCAUAAAGCAAGUGUUGAACACAAUGAAGAAGCAUGUACAAUUGCUUGAUAUUACAUUGUUGACUCAAUUAAGAAAAGAUGGGCAUCCAUCUAUUUAUGGCACAAGUGGUGAACUAGAUUGCAGCCAUUGGUGUAUUGCUGGAGUACCAGACACUUGGAAUUUGCUAUUAUAUACAACUCUUAUUUCAUAGACUAUAGUGCUUUUUAAGUAGUAAUUAUUAAUUUUAAGAUCCUAUCAUAGUAUAGGAUUUGAAUUAUUUUAGGAGAUAUAUAUGAUAUGUCAUAUCUUCAAAAGUUGUUAC